CCACCAUUUUACAUGUACUAUGGGUCAAAACAUAACAGAAAACUCAACCAAAACAAACUGCAAAUGCAAUCAACGAGUUUGAGUAACAAGCUUGAUGUAGUCACUGCAUUCAAGGAAUAUCUGACCAAAUACUCAUCUUUUGACAACUUUUAUACACAAUGAGUGAAUUGGUCAGAAUGCUUAUGAUGUCUUCAAAUUGGGGGACUAGAUACAUAAAGUGCUUUCAUUUCUAAAUGGUGAAACAGAAAUGUAUUAAAAUACCCUCAAAUAAAAGGUUACAUUAUAUACUGUCACCUCAUAUAAAUAUUUGAUCUGAAAUCCAAACUGUUGGAGUAUAGAGCCACAUUUAAAAUGUUAGCUCCACUGUCAAAAUAGAUAUGGUGUGGACCUCACUGUCUGUCUUUUGACUGAUGCUGCUUUUUAAACUUGUCUUGUCAGUCUACUCACAUAUUCCUAUACAUUUCUCUCUCUACUCACUAACUUCCGGUGCCGACAGAGAUGUCCGCCUCGCUUCGCGUUCCUUGGAAACUAUGCAGUAUUUUGUUUUUUUUACGUAUUAUUUCUUACAUUGGUACCCCAGGUAAUCUUAGGUUUCAUUACAUACAGUCGGGAGGAACUACUGAAUAUAAGAGCAACGUCAACUCACUAUCAUUAAGACCAGGAAUAUGACUCUCCCGAAGCGGAUCCUGUGUUUUGCCUUCCACCCAGGACAACGGAAUGGAUCCCAGCCGGCGACCCAAAGAAGUCGUAAAAGAGGCAAACGAAGCGGUCUUCUGGUCAGGCUCCGGAGACGGGCACAUAGAGCACCACUCCCUAGCAUUCUUCUCGCCAAUGUCCAGUCUCUUGACAACAAGGUGGAUGAAAUCCGAGCAAGGGUAGCAUUCCAGAGGGACAUCAGAGACUGUAACGUUCUUUGCUUCACGGAAACAUGGCUCACUGGAGAGACGCUAACGGAGUCGAUUCAGCCAGCUGGUUUCUUCACUCAUGGCUCCGACAGAAACAAGCAUCUUUCUGGCUGUCAGGCUGUCUAGUCACAGAGGAAGGCUGUGCUUCUCUGGUCUCAGCUCUGAGGUCAAACCCCUCACACCUGAGAGAGCUGGACCUGAGUAACAAUGACCUGAAGGAUUCAGGAGUGAAGCUGCUCUCUGCUGGACUGGAGAAUCCCCACUGUAAACUGGAGACUCUGAGGCUGUCAGGCUGUCUAGUCACAGAGGAAGGCUGUGCUUCUCUGGUCUCAGCUCUGAGGUCAAACCCCUCACACCUGAGAGAGCUGGACCUGAGCUUCAAUCACCCAGGAGACUCAGGAGUCAGACUGCUCUCUGCUGGACUGGAGGAUCCACACUGCAGACUGGAGAAACUCAAGUAUGUAGAGGGUUUAUGUCAAUGUUCAUAUCAGACAUGUUUGAGGUAUCAGAAUAGUUAAGACAAACAUUAUUACAGCCACUUGGACUAAGGUGUGUCGGUGUGUGUGUGUCGGUGCGUGUGUGAGCGUGCAUGCAUGUGUGAGAGCGUGUGUGUGUGUGUGUGUGUUGUGUGUUUGUGUGUGUGUGUGUGUGUGUGACACUCAAUGACUGCCUGUUCUU